AUGGACACGACCAUGCGGUCGCAGUCGGCCGACGGCCCGCGAAAACUGCCCAGACUCGAACCCGCGGACGUGCUCACGGCCACCUUCCCGCACCUGAAGCGCUCCGCGGCGGUCGAAGCACUAGCGAACUCACCUCCGUCCUCGCCCGUCACCAAGGGCGAGAAGAAAGUUUUUAGACCGACAGCAACCGCAGCGGCAGCCUUGACGAACGAGACGGGCACGGACACGGUCAAGUUCUUCGCCAAGGCCGGUUCAAAACACCCUACAAAAUUUGUCUGUUUAGUCGGCGAGGACGGCCUACGAAGGGAAGCGGCUGAAAGAGCAGCAAUGUACGAGGCCAUUGCCGCGAAGGCCGCGGAGUCACGUCUGUUCAAGGGCGAGAAGCCGUUACCUCCCAAGAAGCUGACACCUUUACCUGUUACUCAGAAAGACGUGAGAGAUAGAGUAGUGCAGGACUUCCAGCCCUACAACCUGCGGAAGGUCAAUUUGAUCCAGUCCGAGGCCGCCGCCAAGAAACACCACAAAAUUUAUAGUAUGACGGCGACCGCGUUGGUGCAACUCCAACCGGGACCCGGCCAAGCGUUAAAAUUGCAAGAUUGGGCCUGGGCCAAGUCCUGCUUUAAAGUACUUAGAGAGUCAUUUAAGAUCUUCCGGUACGCUCGCGAAUUACGAUUAUUAUAUAGAUGGAAGCUCUUUACCCGGAGAAGCAUCCACGAACGACUGAAACAAAAUUUCGAAAAGAAGUGUUUGUUAGCGCGCAUGUCCUUCGUGGAGCCCAUUUUGGAAAUCAUGGCGGCGGCGCGGGAAGCGCGGCAGGUGGAACUGUUGGAUCUGACGGGUAAGCGAGCUCCAUUGAUAGACGCCCCACCACGAUCACCAUCACAAGACAUCGAAGACCGGGAUUUUGAACAAGAACCGGAGACGUAUCGGGACAAGGACGCGGUCUUUGAACGAGGUGUCGACCGGCAGACCAUGCACCUGUGCCCCGUCGCGCGCGCGCGGAAGAAAGCGCUUAGGUUAGAGGAUGAGGUAAAGACCAUGAAAGAAGCCCCGCCUCUACAAAUAUCGGACCCGUCCGACGGCCAGCCUUUAGUCGGUCCGUCCAUGGCGUCGCCUACGAAAUCGAGGGAUGCGGUGGCGUCCGAGGCCUAUGUGGCCCGAGCCUUGGAAUUGGAUGUCUUUGAACGCGCCCAGGAGCUCGCUCGAGACGACGGGACCGCUAUUCUGGAGAGGUGUGUGCAUCGCGCGGCGGACGCCGUCCAGAAAGCGCGGGACAACGCGCAUACACUUGUGGAGCGCGAUGAUGCCAUAAAAAUUAAGGCUGAGGAACAACGGCUCCUAGACCAGGCGGGCGGCGUCGACGCUACCGACGGCCAGCAGUUCCGGAAGGACUUGUCGAUGGCCGAGGAGCGGCAGAUUGUUGAUGAAAGAAAGGCACUUGUAAGAAGAGAACGCGAGGAGCGGGUGCUCGUUGGCACGUUGGCGGAACUCGCGGACUGCGUCUUGGUGGCUUCGUUAUCUCAAGCUUGUUUAACAGCAACAAAAGCUUUCAGAGACCGUUUAGAUAUCGCGCGAUCCACGAAGCAAGGUCUGUUCGAGGUGCACGUCUCGUUCACGACGACUAGUGUAGAGCCGCCACUACCGCCGGCGCGAGGAUUGGCACAACCGACGUUGUUCCCUUCAUUAGAAUUAUUAGCACCGGUCGACGAGGAGAAGAAACGUAAAGCGAAGGAGGAGCCGCUGCGGACGGAACUAGAAUGGCGCGGCAAAGCAAACAACGUCACAGAUUCACAAAUUAGCGAGGCGAACGACGGCGCCGACAUCCUGAAAGGCGUUUCUGAUGUACAAUCUGACCUAGAAGAUGAUCAAAAAGCAGCUAUUCUAUGUAGAGGUAUGGGGGGUACAAAAUACACGCCUGAACCUUCAGAUGUGCAGCACGCGGCAGAACAUGUCCUCCAUCAAGCUAUAGAUGAUGUUGACGCUUUAUUAAGAAUCACGGCGAUGUGGCCCUUUUGUGACGACGUCGAAGCUUCAAAGGCGGGAGAUGAAGAAUGGCGCCGAUCGCUCAAAGCGAACCACGCUGCUGACAUUUGUCGGAAUCGGUGGCUGCGCGCGGCCGAAGACAUCCAGGAGGUCAAAUCCCAAGAAGCGGAGGUGCGGAGCCAGAUGAGCGCGGACUCGCCGACAGCCCCUUCGACGACGAUGACCGACGUCACGCUGCCGCACCACGGCUUGGUCAAGGCCAUCGUGCUUGCCGAUAGUGGGUUUCAAGAUGAUUCUCGCGUCAUCCUCAAGGAGAUCCUGCAAUCGUUUGCUGAAUGUGACGAGUUUGUUAUUUCAUUGGAUCCGGUGCGGUCGAUCGUCGAUACGAUACCAGCUGUGGCGGCCCAUACCCCAUCGGAAGGUGCAAUAUUUGGUGAAUCCUUACAACGGUACGGGAAGAACCCGAAGUGCUGGCGGUUGCUGGCCGUCGCGGCGUCCGUGGAUGCGCGCGCGGUGUUCCGGGACGCGUCGCGCAUGGAGCGGUGGCGUUUGGAAUUAUCUAAAAUUGCGGCCAAGGGCUAUUGUGGUGCGGUCGAGUGUAGCACAAGAGGUCUCCGGCGCGAUCUCGCGACGCAAGCGCGCCUGAAAAGAGCAGCGGCUAGGGCAUCGGCGAGACGUGUGUGUCGAGGCCACGCCGUCGCUGCAUUAGCGGCGGCUCGAAGCUUCAGAAGUUUAUUAGAGGACCAGCCCCAUCCGUUGCGAGCGUACGCGAGGCACGCGGCCCACGUCACGUCCUGUCGAGCCUUUGGCCUGCCCGCGCUCGAGGUCCUCGAGAAAAGUGUGAGGCGGAUCCACCAGGUCACGAGAAGGGCCUCACUCCUAGAAGACGGUUUUGAUCUCGGCGUGCCCGGCGAGGACAAACCUAUUAAUAGGGAACGCAAAGCCGCGGCGCUCGAGCGGGUCCAGCACGUCCUCGGCGAUGAUGGUCAUGACAUCACCUUCGAGGCCGAGAAAUGUCUGAGAUUGCUCGACGAAGAAUUGAACCUGAGACCGGGUGCCCAGAAGGCGCAUGCUACUUGGUUAGUACAAAGACUGGAAAGUGCACAUGACGAGGUCGACGAAUUGGUGUCGAAGUGCCGGGGCCAGGCCCGAGCGGUAGCAAGAGCCUUGUCCGGACCGCGCUUCUGUGCCGCCGACGUCGAGAGGUACCAGCAGCCGAUGCAGGUGCUGGACGACGUCGACGGCCAGGGGCGGAAGCUCAAUGCAGCUGAGGACGGCAGAAAAAAGCUUCAACAUCUAAGGAGGCUGUUAGAUUUCUUAAAGCUGAAGGAUGGUAUUGUUCCGGAGCCGCUACCUCGAGGUGUGGACCGGGAAAUUGCGGGCGACGCGAGGGCUGCUCGGGCCUUCAUGGGACGAAGUCAACUGCUCUGGACCAUGGUCGCGCGCUGGGCCCAGGUCUAUGAUACGUGGGUGUCCUCACCUUUGACAGCGUUUGACGGCACGGAGAUGGAUGCUGAAUCAAGGCUGUUCGCGUCCGAGUCCCAAGAUCUGGAAGCGAGGCUGUUCGAGCCCCCUAGCAUAGACGAGGACUACUAUUUAACGAUAGAACGGCGGAGCGUCCCGGGCGACGUUACGCAAAUCGGACGGCCCGACAAGAAGGCCGACGAGGCCUUCCACGCGCGCGGCGGCGGCGCGGCCCAGCGACUGGUGAGGGAAACGCGCCAGUUUAGGGAAUUAGCCCCGGUCAUUCUAGAUCUGAAGAACCCGAAUUUCAAGCAAAGGCAUUGGUCUCGUGUGGCGAAGUUGUUAGUACCAUCAGCACAAGUUCCCAUCAAGAUCAAUCCGCACGAAACUUCAUUGGGGGAUUUGCUCGACAUCGGCGUGGAGAAGCACGCCCAGCAGGUGUCGCAGAUCGCCAGGGACGCGACGGCCGAAGCUCGCAUAGAAGCGUCAGUGAAGAACAUGGCCGACGCUUGGAGAUCUGCGGAGGUUCCGGUCAUUGCCAUCCCUCAAGGGGAUGAUUGCGAUACGGAUGAUGAGGAUGAACAUACCUACGAACUCGGGCCGUUAGAUGAACUACACGCAUUGUGUAGCGACCACCGGGCGGCGCUGCGGGCCGUAGCAUUAGGUUCUCAUGGUGAGUCGUUAGCACCAUUGAUCUCGGCGUGGAGAAGAAGACUCGAUCGACUCGCGGAGGCCAUGGGCGUCGCCGAUAGUUUAGAGCGCAAGUUGAGGGUCCUGGGACCCACGCUGGCAGGCGAGAAAGACGGAGCUCUCAAACACGCCUACCACCGCUACCGAAGCGUCGAUAAGCGGUGGCGAUUGUUCUUAAAGUCGUUGUACGCGAAACCGCUACCGGAACGCUUUAUUACGGACGAAGGUGAGAGAUCGGACACCUCCAAAAAAAGGGUUGAGGAACACGUCUCCAAAGAAGAUAGACUAGCCUUCGAGAUCCCGGACGAGCCGUCAGAUGCAAAACUAAACCGGUGGCGCGACGACGCCGUCAUUCUGGAUGACUUGCGGGAUGAGCUCAAAACACAUUUAGAAGAAAAACGAGAAGCGUUCCCUAGAUUUUACUACUUGACGGAUCUAGAGCUCGUCACGGCCUUAGGCAACUUACGUAAUAGAGGCUCGGAAACGCUGAGGUAUGUGGUCCUGGCCUUGCCGCAGUUGUUCGACGGCGUGCGGACCGUGGACCGAGCUGUCGAGAAUGAAGAUGACGACGCGUCGAUCGGUUCCCUGGGGUCGCAGCCGCCACCCAAAGGUCGAAGGCCGCAACUCAUCGGAAGUCUGGUGGACACGCACAAGGAGCGACUCGUAUUAUUGAAACCGGUUCGCGUCUGGCGCGGUGUGGAAGUGUGGUUGUCAAAUCUAGAAAAAGAGAUGCGCCACGCUCUCAGGGCGUCCUUCGCCGAAGCCAAGUCCUCCAAGCGAAGCAAGAAGGUGACGACCUGCGCCCAGGUCGCUUUGCUCGUUCAACGGGUCAAGUGGACGCGCGACGUUGAGUUCGCCAUCGACGCGUCCCUGAAAAGAAAUGACCUCAGCGCCUGGGACGACCUGGCUGCUACGUACAAGCAGGACGCCAAGGAGAAGGCUGAGAUAUUACGCAGUCCGCAUGUGGCCGACGACGUCUCGAGGGCUGCGCGAUCGAAGAACGAAGUUUUGUUACUCGUCGCGCUGCAGCACAGAGAGUGCAUCACGUCCCUGAAAGAAUACGCUCAACAUAUCAAGAGUGAUCAAGACUGGUGCUGGCAAUCAUUGUUAAGGUUCUACGCGACUGAUAAAAAGAAGAAGAAGAAGGCUGAUGAUGAAGACGAGGACGACCCUCUGACGUUGGAUGCACAUGCCAAGCAAACGGACUUCAUCACGCCGAUCAAUUUGGAGUACGUCGGUUCUUGGCGACGGACCGUGUGGACGCCGCUCGCCGGGAGAUGUGUCCUAGGCUUGACGGCCGCAUUAAAAGCAAUUAGGGGAGCGUGCGUCGUGGGCGGCCACGGCUGCGGGAAGCGGGAACUCGUGGCUAAUUUAGCCACGGAGCUGUGGGCUAGAUGUGUGGUGAGAGAACCUUCCCAUUUCGGCGUGGCGUGCGACGGGGAAAGUCUCGCGCGGGCGGUAGGCCACCUCUUCGCCGGGACAGCCGCGACGGGCGCCUGGUUCGUCCUCGCUCUUGGUAGUUUGCAGCACCGGCCCGGUGGUUCUGACCUUGUUAGAUCUUUACUGAAAGCUGUGGCAGCAAAUCUCGAAGUGUUCGCAGGGGCGGUAGCGAAGAAAGCCGAGACCGUGUCGUUCGCCGGACGGGCCGUGCCGUUGCCUUCGAUCAAGUUAAGGCCCGGACAACUAGCGCCUUUGCCGCCGUUAGUUUGCGUCACACUAGGAGACGGCGAGGCGUCGCGGGCCCUGGACCACGGGCUCGCGCUGUCCUUGCGACCCGUUCGAUUAGCCUCACCGGACAUUUCGAGAGUUGUUUGUGGUGGCUUGAUCGCGCGGGGCUUCCACACUUCUGAAGCUUUACAAGCGGGCUCAGAUAUCUCAGUAGCAUUACAAUUAUGUCUAGAUGCGGAGCUCGGAGAAAAGCCGGAAGACGGCCACCCGCGGCGGCACCAUCUGCUGGCGCGGUGGGGCAUGCGGAGCGCGUUGAUGGUCGUGCGGGAGGCGGAGCGGUUACGGGAAACGGGCGAAGAGGAGCGCGUCUGCAUUUGCCGAGCGGCUCGUAGACUAUUACCGCGGGCGUUACGCGGAUCUACUGAUGACGAGACAGCCACCUUAGCUAUUGUAGAUAGUGUCAUGGGUUCAAGUGAUGACCGCGACGACGACGACGGCGACGCUACUUCCCAAACCUACUCCUUCAUCGAAAAGGCCUUUAUGGAAGCGUGCGGCGGCCGCCCUUCAUUUUUACAGUCGCAGUGCGCCGCUCGGUUGCUAGCCGCGACGCAGGUCGGCAUGGGCGUCGCGCUCGUCGGGCCGGCCGGCUGCGGCAAAUCUCUAUGUAUCCACGCGGCGGCGAACGCGGACGCGACGAAGACUGUGGUAGCUUCGGUCGCGCCGGGGGCUUUACCGCUGGAGGACUGCUUCGGGACCGCCAGUGGUUCGCAAGGCUGCGUGCUUUCUCGAUUGGUGAAGCUCGCCGAGCGGCGGCGGCGGAAAGUGGGCGGCGACGCCUGGAUCGUCUGCGACGGGCCCCUCGAGGCGUGCUGGACGGAGGCGCUCGCCGCAUCGAUUAGUAGUCUGACGGCCAAGGCCGUGGCGGCGGAGUUGGCUGGUUCCAGUAAAGUUGCGGUGCGGAUAUUGAUCGAGACGGACGCGUUGGGCCACGCGUCGCCGGCGACGGUGGGCCGCCUGGGCGUCGUUUGUUUGCCGUCGUUUCGGGAAGAUGCGAAUCAGGCGAUCGAGCGGGCGCGCGCGUUCUGUUCCCGUAAUUUACGAGGAACGAUGAAGGACGCGGUCGAUGCCUGCCUGCAACAAUAUUGUCCCCUCAAUGCCGCACUCGCGGUCGCGUCGAAGGUCGACGCCUGGUUGGAUAGAGGCGGCGCGUACCCCUUUUCAGACACGGCGACCAGCUCUCCUUCCGAAGAUGACAUGAGGCGCACGCAGGGUUUUGCUACACUGGUCUGCGCCUUACUCGAAAAGGACGUCGAUUCCACUGAUCUCGUAGCAGUGCGCGUCGCCGUCGCCUGGGCCCUCGCCUGGGGCGUGUUGGGACGAGCUCUGGCUUGCGGCGAGACCGACGACGUCCAAGAGCCCAUCCACAAAGACUGUAGCGCGUGGUUACAUGAACAUGUCAAUGCGGGCGACGACAAGCGCAUCGAGGAGGCCUGUGCCGGCCCGGCGCCGCGGCCGGACCUCCAGAUGUUCGCUCCCUGGUCGGCUCUAGCCGACCUCAGGAGAGAGGCGGCCGAGGCGAAGCGGCUGAAGGCGACGCACGUAGUCUCAUCAUACGUGGUCGCGCCGACGCCGCGUCUAGAACGGGCCGUGUUUGUGGGAAGGUGUUUUCUGCGAGGCAUGCGCGGCGGCGUCUGUUGCAUCGAAGGCGUUGCUGGCACUGGAAGGACCACCAUAACGGAGGCGCUCUGUUCUAGAGAGAGGCACAACGUCAAGAAAGUGCACUGCCACGCCACGACAACGUCGACCGGGUCAUUAUUAAAAAGGAUGCUGGCCCAGUUCACUCAAAUAAGGAAGCAGCCCUACGCGGAUGAAGAUGACGAUGGGUCAUUGGAACGGGACGCUAUCAUUGGUCCCCAACAACGGCAGAAACUUCUGUUGGUGGUUGAUGAUUGUUCCUUACCUCAACAAACGUCGGAGAGCGACUCCAUCACCAGAGAACGGCACGGCGGUUUAGAUGAGACCUUACGGGCCUUGCUGGACCGGGGCGCGUGGCACGAUAAUAUGAAAGACGAGCCGGCGGCGGCCGACGCGUCGCUAUCCGGUGGUUUAGUGCCUCCUGUGUUACGUCAUGUCAGUGAUGUAUUGGCAUUGGUGGUAGCCAGGCCGAACGAGCUCAGUGCCCGACUGAGGCGCCAUUUGCCCUCCAUACCACUCAUGCGGCCGGGGACCCAAGAAUUAGCCACGGUCUUCACGGAUUGCAUACGCGCGGCGCAUCCUGAUUUUGAGAAUAAGUCAGGCGACCUGGCCAAAGCAUCUCUAGCGUGCGCGAGCGUCUACAAACGCUUGUCCGAGGACCCCGACGCGCCAUCAAGCUUGCCUCCGGCCUUAUGUCUCGCGGCUCGCAUCGCACGAGGAGCUGUUUAUCUAGAACCGAACCAAACCACUCUCAAAUUGCGAAGAGGUUUGGCCCAUGAGCUCCAACGAGAGCUGAGAGAUGGAUUACCCUUCGCGAUGCGCGACGAUUAUGAUGAGGCUGUGAAACUAGAAGGCUUGCUCGCGAAGGAAGACAGGAUUGUGGUCAAUAACAAUGGUUGGUCCUACGCGGACCGCGCCGACGGCCUGCCAAAAUUAGAGUCAAGGUUAGCCCAGAAGAAGCUCGAGGCGGCCAUGACCGACGACGCGAGAGCCUCGAUGACGAAGAAGGGCAUCUCGCACGCGCGGCACGCGCACGCCGCGGAUGUUUUUGACGACGACGAGGACGAGCACGGCCCGCCGUCCAUUGAACGCUUCGCGGCGCACUACCAGCGCAACUUUGACGAUGCUCGCGAAGUUAAAGGUUUACCUGCUUCUCCGCUAGCUCCUUUGGAGAAGGGCACGGGCCACGCCGUGCACAUCACCCGAGCGUGCCGGGCUUUGGCGCGGGAAGGCGUGCCCCUGGUGCAGGCCGGGGUUCGCGGGGUUGGUCGACGUUCUGUUGCUGAUGUGGCUUGCCAUAUUGUUGGAGUGGAGGAGAUUGUGCACGCCUCGCCGCCGCCGGUGCCGCAUCACGUCGACGCGCGGCACCGCUCAUCAGUAAGGGAGGGCUGCGGCCAGGUGGCCCCCCACGCCAUGCACGAGGACGAGGACGAGGACUUCAAGGACCCGGACCAGAUCUGGAACGAUUUGCUAAGGGAGGCUAUCUUAGAUGCUGGUCGAAAUAGGAAAAUAUGCAUCAUUCUCAGUGACGGCCAGUGGGCCCACUCCGCCAUCACCGCGCGGCGACUAGACGAUGUCCUCUCAGCGCUGCAGACGGGCACGGUCGCGAACCCGUUGGUCGUGUGGCCAGAAGAUGAGGCAAAAAUUGUGAGUGAUUACUUGAAUUCGAAGCAGGAGGACAAGGAUGAUCAUGGAGGCGACACGACGACGGCGGCCUUGACAGCGUUCCGGGACCGCGUCAAGCGAUCUCUGAGAGUUGUGGUCAACGUCGCGCCGGACGACGCGUUCGGGCGCGGCGCGGCUCAUGAUGCCGCCACGCAAGCCUUGAAACGACUGCUGCCUCAUGCUACACUGAAUUUGUAUCAUAAAAUAGAGGGUGAGAAAGCAUUGGUAAGUCUCGCGGAACGAUGCCUGGGUUGUGGUAGGGAAUGGAGAUUAGCAGCACCGGAAUCGGAGCCGCUCGUGGCCUGGCUGGUGCGGCACGGCGACGACCCGCGCUACGCGUUGCGGGACGACGCGGAUCCUGAUUUAGCCCCUUCGUUAGAAGGCUACGCCCAGCGGUGCGCCAAUGAAUUGCGAACUCAUCUUUCUUCCCUAAGGUGUGUGAGAGCCUUUGCGCGCAAGGACGGGUUCAAGGUCCGACGCAUACAAAGGCACUGGAGGAGAGCCAAGGACCACUCCUUCCGCCACCUGAACCUCAUGGGCAAACUUACGGAGAUGCGGAAAGCCGCGGACCUUGUAAGAAUGCGCGGCGCCGCCUCGCAGCGAAGCGAAGCGGCUUUGGUGUGUGUCAAGACGUUUUUGGCGCGGCAGGAGGCGCCGAACGUGCCUCCACCCUCGUUAAUUGCUCUUAGAUCGCAACUCGCUUUAACUGCUAGGAUCGCCAUGAUCCGCGGAACACGGCUGCGAGCUGUGGAGAAUAGAGUCGCCACGGCUCUGGACAAACUCAAACAAAGCCGGAUCCAGGCCGAAUACUUGAGGCUCGAGAGCGUGGCAUCGCAAGCCAUUGCCGACGCUCGGUACGAGGAAUCGCAAGUGAUGCAGGUCUUACUAAAUAAGUGCGCCGAUGGGGUGGAUGACGCCCUGGCGAAGAUGAAUCGACAAGAAUCUAUCAAGAAGCGGACUUUAGACGCGCGCCAGCGCAUGUUACGGGCCCACAUGAAGACGCUCGGUACCGCGACGUUAGAACAGCUCGAGACGUCGACCGCUCAAAUCAUAAAACACGCGCCCUGCGACCCGACGGUGAAUGGGGGCGAGAUGCCCCACGCCAAGGCCAUCCAGCGCUGUUUGGAAGCUCUCUCGGCGUUUCUGCUGGACGAGGAACCUAGGGCCCAAAAGGGCUGGGACUCGUUUACGUCGACCACGUUCCCAGCAACCAUGCGGAGCUGGUUCAACCAGGCGUGCAAGGCCGCCGCGGGCCAGUUCGACGCUGGUGUUACCAAAAGACUAAAAGCGUGGAAGAAGGGUAUCGGGUACGCUGAAAGAAUCAUGAACGACCCCGCGUUGGCCCCGUCACAAAUCAGAAAAAUGUCGACGGCGGGCCACCAGGUCGGCAUCCCCGUCAGCGUGUUUGUCAGGGCGGGCUGCGCGUUCUUUCGAGCCGCUUCUUCUCCACCUUCGCUCGCGGCGUGGGCGACGGCGUGCGACGCGUGCAAGGCUGAUGAUGAUGCCCAGCAUGAUUUAGAUGUUUGUAGGGACGGUCAUCAUACGUCAGAAACAGCUCGAGACGCCGCGCAGUACUUAUUAGAUGAAUCUAGGCGAGUGUCGUCAGAAUGCUCGACGCACGCCACAGAUUUAGUCAACAGGCACACGGCCGCUUUAGCGCGCUUCGGCGAAUUGGAGUCCACAAGAUGGCGCUGGGACGGGCGCAACGCCUGGCUCGCGGCGCACCACGCCCACCUGAACCACGAGGCCGCUUGUGCGGCCGCGGUCGCGUCGUUCGCGGGGGGGCUGCCUUCAGCGGAAAAUGCGCGGAAGAAUUUUGUCGAUGAGGUCCGAAAGCUGUGUGCUGUCUUCCCGUCGUCGCUGGAAGUCCACGCCUCGCUCCACGUCCAAGUGCCGCGGAGCUCCAUGAAGGCCCUUGCACCCUUGUCGGACGACGACGUCUGCGACAUCGGGGGGCAGGGCGAGGGCGGGUCCGCUUUUAGGAGAUGGGACAACCAAGGUUUAUUACCAGGAGGCAUCGAGGGGGCCGUGGCCUUUGGCGCCGCCGCCGUCGAGGCUGAAAGGAGCAGAGUGGUCGUCAUGUGCGAUUCCUUGGGAGACGGGGCGCGGUGGCUCUGUGCAUCGUAUUGUCGGGCCCGACCGAAACCUGGUCAGAGGUCCCUCUGCCGCGUCUUCGUGGAUCGAGGGGGAGGUGCCUCGGUUAUACCGUGCCAUGCGACGGGCGAACAGUUGAGACGUCCGGUGUCGCCGACAAGAGCUGCAGCUCGCAAAGCGGAGGAAGCCCGAGAAACGGCGCCUCCCUUAGUAUUGGCGCUGCGCGAGGCUGUGAAAGGCGACCCCGAUGUUAUUUUAGUAGACCUGCCGGACGCGUGUUUACAAAAGGGUUUGUUGAGAGAGCUCCUGGAGCCCCUCGAACCUCUACUAAGGGCGCGGCACGAUUCGGUACGAGUGGCGACGGCGCGCGCGCCGCUGGCGCGUUGUUUGCGCAUGGUCUACGGCCCCGCGUCCUCCGCGCCGGAGCCCGUCGCGCCGACGGGCGGGCCGCGCUUAGUUUUUAGAAUUGCGGCCCCGGCCGGCGCCGUGCAGUCUGCAUUGGGGACGCCGGCGAACGACUGUCGACAUGCGCUCUCAUUGGUCGACUUCGCGCCGGAGCUUGAAGAAGCGGCUCAGCGCCUCGCGGCCUUUGGGUUGAUCGGGGUGGAUGACGGGCCGUUCGUGGGCGCCUACGAUAAAGCUGCGGAAUUCAGAGAUAAGGCCUUCCUGGCCGCUUUGGCUGCGAGAGAUGAUGAUGAUGACGUCCUCGACAUCGCGAUCGACAUGGACCCCAAGGCUUUAUGUGCGGCCGCUCCGAAGCCUCCCAAGGGCAAGUCGGCGUCGUCGGCGCAAUUUAAGUUGCAAGCCAAACAGAACGCGCCGAAGAUCGUCGCCGCGGCGCGGCGCCGGAGCGGCGUUGAAAGAAGGGCGGUCCAGGCCGACGAGAAGUUCCAGAAAGCUAGGUUGCACGUCGAGGAGGGUGAAAAGGCGCUCUUACCGCUCGCUAGAACGUACGCGCAGGUCGUCGCGGCCUGCGACGGCGUCUGCGGGCCCGGGGCCUACAACGCCGCGGCGCAGCGCGCGCGGCGCGCGACGGCGCCCUUCGCCGACCACCUUCUCAGAUUCGCGGCCGUGGCCAAGUUCUUGGAGACGGACGACGCGACCUGGUCGGAGACGGACGCCGCGGAGGCACGCCGCGCGGCGUUCGACCUCGAGCGGCCGCGGUUGCUGGCGGCGGACGUCGCGCCCGUGGCGCUUGCUUUGGCGCUGCGGGCGGCCGAUGAUAGUGACACGAAGCGCAAGCUUCUGGAUCAAACGUUGGAUGUACAGGCGGUCGUCGACCGCUACCGGUCGCGCUCGAAAGAUUCGCUGACGGUGCUGGCGUGGCUCGACGGUGAAGUGGUUGCCGAGGCGCCCGCGCCGGCCGCGUGCGCGCCCGCCUGCGCGCCGGCGUGCGCGCCGGCGCCCGCGCCGGCCUCGCUCGUCACGGAGGCGCCGGCGCCGGCGCGCGACCCCUGGCCCGACGCGGAGACGCGAAAGCGCCUCGCGACGACCGAGGCGGCGCUGCCCGAGCUGCGCGGGCUCUGCGAGACCAUCCACGAGAAUGAAGAAAAAUGGCGAUCCGAGACGCCGGAAGAGUAUCUGGAUACGGUCCCGGGCAACGCCGUGGCGAAGCUCCUCGUGCUCCGGUGCCUCCGGCCCGACCGCUUCGUCGCGGGCUGCAAGCUCCACGCGAAGCGUUGUUUAGGCGACGACGGCGCGCCGCACGUCGCCGUGCCGACGCCCGCGUCGCAGUGGCCCCCGUCGCCGAGCGAGGAGGCGGACCCGGGCACGGCCGCGGCCGUCGCGCUGCGGGUCGCGGGGGCCUGCAGGGCGGCGGCCUGCGACCGCCCCGUCCUCAUCCUGCGGACGGCGGCCUGCGAGGACGACGCCGUGGCGCUGCGGCCGGCGAUCGCCGCCGCGGCGCGGCUGUGGGCCGCGCCCGAGGGGCCGCCGAACGUCGUCGAGCUGUCGCUGGGCUCGGCGUUCCGGUGCGACGCCGCCGCGACGAAGCUGGCCGAGAGCCGCGUGACGGGGUCCUGGAUUUUACUAAGGCACGCGCAGCUCGCCGAGGACUGGCUGCCUUCCUUACUCGCGCAGUACGACCAGCUCGACGCCCAGGUGCUCGACCGCGCCGCGCGGUUCCGGGAGCAGGUCCAGGAAUUCCUGGACGAGGGCAAGGGCGAGAAGCAGGCCGUCGCCCUGGCGACGGCGGCGGGGCCGCGCGAGGGCGUGCUGAGCGGGGGCAUUACGUAUGAUGCGCCGGCGAAGGCGCCCCACGCGCGGCACCGGCUCAUCCUGGAGAUGGUCGUGCCGCCCGGUUAUUCUACGGAGACGUGUCGCGCGCCGCGCGACCUCGCGAAGCGUUGUAUUUGUGUCGCGACGGCGCCGCCCGCGUCGCUGCGGCAGCGACUGGUCUGGGGCGUUGCGGAUGGAGGCGGCGCGCUGUCCUCGACGAAACUGUACCAGCGGUUAUCGGAUGAGCAGCAGCGCAUGGGCUACGCCCAGGUCUUGCUGCACGCUUUGAUAAGAACGCGGCGCGACUUUGGCGGCCGCGGGUUCAGCCAUCGCGUGACGCCGGGGCAGGCGGCCUGGUGCGCGUGGGCUGCUUUAGCUGUGCGGCAGGCGCCGGGCGCGUCGUGCAAUGCGUUAGGCGCCAAGGCCCACACGAAGGUGGACACGGAGGGCGGCCAGGACGCCUGGGGCCGGACCUUCGACGCGACGCGGGGCGAACGGCGCGGCGGCGGCAGGAAGGACGGCGACGAGCCCUGCUGGUCGCUCGGCGUCGGCGACCGGUUCCCUGCCACAAAAGACGCGCGCGCGCAAUUGGCGCUGGGUGAUAUCAAUGCGGCCUAUGCGAACAUCGACCACGCGCGCCUGAGCCGCGCCGAGCGCUGCGACUCCGCGGUGUCGGCCGCGCUCGGGCGUAUUGCGUUAAAGUGCUCCGACGCGGCCGCUGCGUAUCAAGUGCCCGACUGGGAGAAAGCACCAGAUGCGCGCGGCCAGAAGAGCUGGGACGGCGUGCUGCAGUGGAUCCGGUCCCUCGACGAUCGAAUAGAUGCGCAGCUCGUGGGCUUCGGUGAAAGCGAGGCCCGGGCGGUAAAUGAGUGCGAGGAACGCGCCGUGGCCGCAAGCGCCGCGCGGGCGGCGGCGACGCGCGGCGCCGUGAAGCGGUGGCGGCGCGUCCGCGCGGCCUUCGCCAUCGGGCAAGACGCCAAGAUGUCCGCGGCGAUGGCGGCGGGGACCGUGGCCGCCGUGGCGCGCGCGUGCCGGGGCGAUCCAAGCGAUACGGCCGAACCCGUGGACGAGGCGUGGGCCGCGGCGCGCCGGCGCGAGCGGACGUGCUUCGACGACCUGCUGGACCUCGUGUCGCGGACGCUCGCCGACCGCGACGUGCGAGCGGCAUUAGAAGUAGGGGAAACCCCAAAAGCGUGGGCCCGCGCGACGCGCCACGCCUCGGAUGUUAGGGGAGACGCUUACUCGCGGCUCGACGGCGACGAACGGAGCGCGGCGGAGGCGGUCCCGAAGCUCAACGACUGGCUCGGCCACCUGCGCAAGGUCCGGGCCCAGUUCCGGGCCUGGCCCCGCGGCGGGCCGCCCGAGGUCGCGUGGGCGCCGGGCCUCUUCCGGCCGACCGCGUUCUUCGCCCAGAUCCGGGGGCAUAGCUCGGUCCUGGUCGCGUCGUCGGGGGCGGGCGGUGUCCGUGUCAGUGGUUUGGAGUUGAGCGGCGGCGAGUUCGACAAUGACAUGAUGACUCUACGCGACGGCGCGCCCCAACCAGUCACGCUCUGGGUCCGCGGAGGCGACCAGGAAGACGGCUACGACCUUCCGCUGUAUACGGCGGCAACACGCGGCGAGCUCUGCGCGACGCUCCGCGUCCGGACGGCCUGUCCCGACGACCUGGCGCUGCGGGGGUGUGCGCUCGUCGUUUCUCUCUAA